AUGUCACCGAGUGUUUAUAUCGAUGGGUUGGACACAGCAAGCGGGAUCAAUCAAGAUCAUACCAAUUCCAUCAAAACUCUUUUCGUUCUCAUAUGGUACAUAAGUGUUCGCCCUCUAUCUAUCUAUCUAUCUAUCUAUCUAUCUAUCUAUCUAUCUAUCUAUUUCACAUUUCUUGUAUUCUCUCUGCGUAAUGCUUCCUUUUCUCCUUCCUUUUCUCUUUUCUUUUCUCCUUUUUCUUCUUCCUUUUCUCUUUUCUUUUCUCCUUCCUUUUUUCUUUUCUUCUUCCUGUUCUCUUUUCUUUUCUCCUUUCUUUUCUCCUUUCUUUUCUCCUUCCUUUUUUUCUUCUCUUCUUCCUUUUCUCUUUUCUUUUCUCCUUUCUUUUCUGCUUCCUUUUCUUCUUUUUCACCUUCCUUUUCUUCGUCCUAUUCUUUCUUUUUCUCCUUCCAUUUCUCUCUUCUUUUCUCCUUUGUUUCUGAUUCUGUUUCUCCUUCUUUUUUUCCUUUUUUUUUCUAUUUCUGUUUUCUUUUCUCCUUCCUUUUCUCUUUUCUUUUCUCCUUCCUUUUCUCCUUUUUCUUCUUCCUUUUCUCCCUCCUUUUCUCCCUCCUUUUCUCCCUCCUUUUUCUCCUUUCUUUUCUCCUUUCUUCUCAUUUUAUCAUGUGUCGUAAUAAUAAUUAUGCCUCAACUUACGAAUGGAUUCCCAUGCAAAACUACGAAUAA